AUGGUAGAGGAAAGGAACGAAGAACACGAGUCAUCGAUAUAUCUCUCUAUCUAUAUCUUUCCACAUCUCUCUAUAUCUUUCCACAUCUAUCUAUCUAUAUCUUUCCACAUCUAUCUAUCUAUCUAUCUAUCUAUAUCUUUCCACAUCUAUCUAUCUAUCUAUCUAUAUCUUUCCACAUCUAUCUAUCUAUCUAUAUCUUUCCACAUCUAUCUAUCUUUCUAUCUAUAUCUUUCCACAUCUAUCUAUCUAUCUAUAUCUUUCCACAUCUAUCUAUCUUUCUUUCCAUAUCUUUCCACAUCUAUCUAUCUAUCUAUAUCUUUCCACAUCUAUCUAUCUUUCUUUCCAUAUCUAUCUAUCUAUCUAUCAAUAUCUAUCUAUCUAUCAAUAUCUAUCUAUCUUUCCAUAUCUAUCUAUCUAUCUUUCUUUCCAUAUCUAUCUGUCUAUCUUUCCAUAUCUAUCUAUCUAUCUAUCUUUCUUUCCAUAUCUAUCUGUCUAUCUUUCCAUAUCUAUCUAUCUAUCUAUCUUUCUUUCCAUAUCUAUCUGUCUAUCUUUCCAUAUCUAUCUGUCUAUCUUUCCAUAUCUAUCUAUCUAUCUAUCUUUCUUUCCAUAUCUAUCUAUCUAUCUAUCUUUCUUUCCAUAUCUAUCUAUCUAUCUUUCCAUAUCUAUCUGUCUAUCUUUCUAUCCAUGUCUAUCUCAUUCUAUUCAUCUCUCCUUUUAGCUGCCCAACAAGUAUAA